AUGCCGAUCAAACUCGAAGGAAGCUGCCAAUGCGGUGCCAUUGAAUUUACUCUGCAGUCUCAAACCCCAGUCCCCUACCAGCUCUGUGCCUGCAGCAUUUGCCGUAAAGUAGGUGGACAUCUCGGUAGUGUGAACUUGGGUGGCAUCGCCGACAGCCUGAAUAUCACCAAGGGCAAGGAUUUAAUCAAGAAAUACUCUGCAAUCAAAGACCGCGGCACGCCUGAUGAGCAGCUUUGUUCUUCCGAGCGGAACUUUUGCUCGAACUGCAGUACCAUGCUGUGGCUUUGGGAUCAUCACUGGCCUGAACUGAUUCACCCAUUUGCCUCAGCGAUUGAUACAGAACUGCCAGUUCCAGACGAGAUGGUGUGCAUUAUGGAGGGUUCGAAACCGGCGUGGGCACGAUGGCCUGAGGGUAAGAAAAGUGUGCACGAAUUCUAUGGCGAAGAUAGUCUGGAAGGAUGGCAUAAGCGACAUGGACUCUUUUACGACUAA